CUUCCGAGAAACUCUCUUGGAUCCACUACUGAGCAAAUAUAGCGUUAUAAUGAUCGACGAAGCUCACGAACGCAGCCUAUACACAGACCUAAUACUUGGUAUCCUGAAGAAAAUUCGCCGAAAACGACCAUCCCUGCGGUUAAUUGUCUCUUCUGCCACCCUUGAUGCCACCUUUUUCCUUGACUAUUUCAAUGCAGGGAACUCACCUAGUGAAAGCAUCAUAGUAAGCCUGGAAGGAAAGAUGUUUCCGGUGGAGACUGCAUAUUUGAGACAACCAACAUCGGACUACGUCCGUGAAGCUAUCAGUGUGGUGACAGGCAUUCAUCAGCAACAAGGCCGAGGGGACAUCCUGGUCUUCCUCACCGGGAGGGAAGAGAUUGACAGAGCAUUGCAAGACUUGGCUGACCUGUUGCCAACCCUUCCACGCAACGCCGGUCGCCUAAGGUUGCUGCCACUUUAUGCCGGUCUCCCUACCGAGGAUCAGAUGCGAAUCUUCGAGCCUGCCGAACCCGGAACUCGCAAGGUUAUCUUAUCAACAAACAUUGCUGAGGCUAGCGUGACAAUCGAGAACAUCCGGUUUGUUGUCGACUGCGGUUUUGUAAAGGUUCGGACGUACAACCCUACAACCACUCUAUCGUCCCUUGUCGUUAUCCCCACCUCCCUGGCUUCUGCCACUCAGCGCGCUGGUCGCGCUGGCCGCACCGCACCUGGUGUAUGUUACCGCCUUUACCCUGAGUCGGCGUUGUCUACGCUCCCUCGAACUAGUCCACCCGAAAUCCUCCGCACCGACCUCACAACUCCCAUUCUUCAACUGAAAAGUCUUGGAAUAGAUGACGUGAUGAAGUUUGAGUGGGUAACCAAUCCAAGCGCUGAGAGCGUGUUGCGGGCCCUUGAAGGGCUCAUUGCGAGCGGAAUGAUCGACAAGGAGGGAAGAUUAACGGAAGUUGGGGAGAAGGUCGGGGAAUGCCCUGUUGACGUGGGUGUAGCCAGGAUGCUUUUCAACUCAAAAGAGUUCAAGUGUGGUGCUGAGAUUUUGACUAUCGCUGCAAUGACUACGGUGCAGGACGUGUUUAUCAUUCCGGAAGGAGCACCGGGCGCUCUUGCUGAGCUUGAACGACGAAAGUUCACAGCUGAAGAGGGGGACCAUUUGACGCUGCUAAAUGCGUACAACGCGUUUACUCGAUAUGGGCAAACGUCUUCGUGGUGCCGCCAACACGCACUCUCUUUCCGUGCGAUGUCCCGGGCAGUGUCUAUUCGCCAUCAACUCAAAAAAUACAUGGUACGAUUCGGAUUGCCGUUGGAGAGCUGCGAGGGAGAUCACAAGCGAUUGCGGAAAUGCCUUACGAGUGGCUACUGGAGAAAUGCUGCCCGGUGGGUUCAUGAUGGGACCUUCAGAAAUGUCAGAGGCGAUUCGGUCCUAAAUAUCCAUCCCAAUUCGGUCAUGUUUACGCGGAAACCUCAAACCGGCUGGGUUGUGUUCCAUGAGAUGGAAGAGACGAAGAAAACACAUAUCCGAAUCAUCACAGAAAUCGAGCCAGAAUGGUUGCUGGAGUUUGGGAUGAAGCUAGUCGACAAGCGUGCGUAGCCCUCGUGAACCAUACCCUAGGCGACACACGACUAGAAAUCUCAGGUGAAAGGUGAUGGAUGCUAGGUCCCUUUUUGGAAAUACAUUCAAUCCCUUGGUUGCAGUGAUCUUGAACUGGG